AAAAUACACAACACAUUGUUCAGAUUACUAUCAUGUUUAGUAUGUGAGUGCACCAAAUAUGUGAAAUAAAAGAUUUAUAAAAAUAUUUUGACUUUGGAAAUUAUUUACAGAAAGAAAAAAUGACUCUUCCAACAGCUUUACUAAUCUCAAACAUCGUAAACAAAUCCAUAGCAUCUGAGAUUCAAGAAACUAUAGGAAAUCAGUCCAGUAUGGAUAUUUUGUCUUGUAAAUGCGAUCUGCAUUCUGACGAACCGUAUUUGAUUCCCACAACUCCAAAAUGCACUCUAUCCGACUUUAUAAGCGAUAAAGAUAUGAAAAAACUGAAUUCCAAUGCCAAAAUAAAUUCCAUACCCAACAAAAUCAAAUCGGCGAAGAGUCAAAUAAUACAGUGUAAAGCAGUUCAUACUUAUUCGUACUUUUCCGAUCUAUCCCAUAUCGAACGGAUAACUUGUUUCGGAUCUGCAGAACCAUCAAGCAAACAAGAACUAAUGAAAUGUUUAAGUGUGGCGUUGGACUCGUUAGAAAACAUUGAUUAUCGAUUCAAGAAAAGUUAUAUUUACGAGGGAAAACAGGAUAUAGGGAACCUGAAAAUAUCUUAUGACAAAAGGGAUAUUCUAGACCUGGGAAGUAAUCUAACAGAAAAUUGGCAAUUGACACAUCCACCAGAAGGAAAGAUGAAUCAUACAAAUACUAAUUUAUUUUUACGUACGCCAUGCCAACUCAUUGGCUGCGAUUUCGAAGAUAUGUUUCCCUUAUUUAAAUAAAAGACUAAUUUCAAUCCCGGAAAUCAAAUAUGUUUUCUGUGUUUCUAUAAAAAAAAAAUAAAAAAAAUCCGUAUAUUUGCUGGUAGGUACCAAAUAUUCACGCAUUAAGUACGCAGCUAAAAAUAAUUUUACCUGGAAUGACUGUUUAAAUGUCUCGUGAGCCUUUCAUUUUCAACAUGUUUUCUUAUUUUAACUAUGUUUUCAUAUUUUCAAAUGCAAUUCUUAUAAACAUAACCUUUUAAAAUUUUUAAUUCAUAUUUUUUUAUAUGUUUGGCUAUCUGAAAAUAUGAAAUAAUUCGUAUUUUUGUUUGUAUUUUAUGUUUUAUUACGUUUAUUAUGUAUUUUGUGUUUUAUGUAAUUUGAUUCAUGUCUUCCAGAUUAAAAUAAAAGUGAAUAGCCGAUACGUUAAGAGGCAUUUUAAGACAAAUUAAAUAAAUUACAAUUACAUACUUAAAUACAUCCUAGAAAAUUUAGAAUAAGAUGUCGAGUUUUUGGUUGUUAUUAAUAAAUGGAUAGUGUGUAUCCAGAACUAUUAUGCUAUACUUUAAGUGGUGAUGUAAUUAAAAGUUAUAGUUUAAAAAAA